UCUACCUACCACCCCCGAGCCGGUGUCUGCUUGCUUGCCUGCUUGCUUGCUUGUGUGUUGCACGAAGGAAGAUAGAAAGGAAACAAGAGGAAGGGAAAGGAACAGAAAGAAAGAGAGAAAGAAAGAAACAAAGCGAGAAAGCGAGAAAGCCAAAAAACGAAGAAAGAUCGGUGACAGUUCGAUCGCCAUGGAGAUCCAGGCGACAAAAGCUUUGCAUCGUCGGGGAAUCGAUCCAAUCCUUAGGGCCUAUGGUUUUGGUGCGUUAUCGUUUUUGGGCCCGCGACUGCUGGGUCUCAUCUUCGCGAAGGUGCGACAGAGAAAGGGCCGGAACAAGAGCAGAGCGAAUGGAAAGACGGAAGAGAAGAAGCAUACAGGCGCGGAUAUUCUCCGAAUAUUGAGACAAACUCUAGAUAUACACCGAUUUCCCGCCUUCUGCGGUUUUACCGUGACCGCGCGCCUUAUUCUCCAGCCGCUCUUCGAGAAGCUGCUCUCAGCGGAUGCUCGAAUAAACCCUGGGGGGAAUCCGGCAGCGACGGCGCUGGUAUCGCGGCAUGGGUUGGCGUCGUUCUCAGCCGGCGCCCUUGCAGCAGCCGGUGGGCUGCAAUUACUGAACGCCCGCCAGACCGGCGAUGCUGGCCGGACGCUGGACUUAACCUUGUUUGCCCUGACCCGCGCGGUCGAUAUCGUUGUGGGGGAAUUGUGGGAGAGGCGAAAGGACCGCCGUGUCCGCGCUGGGAAGUUCAACAAGUUGGAUUCCUCGAUCGGAUACGUCGCGGAUUCCCUCGUCUUUGCUGUGAGCACGGCGGUUAUCAUGUUUGCCUGGUUUUAUUAUCCGGAAAAGCUGCCUGCGGCCUACAACAAACAGAUAGUUAACAUCGCCAAAGCCGACCACCGACUUGUCGAGACGCUCCGCCAGAUCCGCAACGGCGACUUCAUCUAUGGCGUCACGACCGACGUCCCACCCGUGCUGCCAUCCUACUGCACAGACCUGGGCCUGCCACCGGCGUGGGGCGACCCCGCGCAAACCAUCCCCAUCCCAUGCGAAGUAGUCCACGGCGGGCAAACCAAAAGCUGUGAGCUCUUCGCGCUGCGGCGGUUCUGGAUCGCCACGUGGAAGACGGCCUUCCCGCUGUAUCUAGGUCUCAACAUGGUCAAAUUCCUCCGGCCGCGUCGACCGGCGGCAUCAGCGCUCCUCCGCGCCCUCUUCGAAGCCGUGCGCUCAUCCGCCUUCCUCGGCUCGUUCGUCGGCAUCUUCUGGUACGCCAUAUGCCUCACCCGGACCCGCAUCGGCCCACGGCUGCUGAAGACGCUCGACCCCCUGGCCUUCGAGAACCUCUGCGUCAAGGUCGGCUGUCUCCUCUGCGGAUGGAGCAUUCUCGUCGAGACGCCACACAGGCGCACUGAGAUCGCGUUCUUUGUCGCACCGCGCGCCCUUGCCGUCCUCCUGCCUCGCACCUAUAACCCAAGGCAUCAGUGGAUCGAGAAUACUGUCUUUGCGCUCAGCUCCGGCGUCAUUCUCACCGUGCUCAGACAUAAGCCCCAGCGCAUCAGAGGCGUGUUUGGUAAGUUGCUGAGGAAAAUCGUGACGGAGUGAGGUGGGGGGUUCAUAUCGGGGGGUAGUGGGGAUAUGGGAGAAGUGGGUCUUUGCUCAUUGGUCAUUGGUCAUUGGUCUUUGAAUGAUACAUACAUACAUACUUGUACAUAAUCACAUCCGCGCACAGCGACG